AUGGUUGCCUUGCUUCAUAUCGGCCUUAUCGGUUUGGUUUUAUCUGUAUUCGUUCUUGUUCAAGCAAAUCCAGUGCUUGAAACAUCCAAUGUUAUUGAAGGAAAAAAUUCACCCAUAAGCACCCAACAACUUUAUGAGCUUUACAAAAUUAUGCGCAUGGAUCCUCGUCUUGCUGCAAUAUCCAAUAAGGAUAUUAUUUUACAUAUUUAUCAAAAUUUCGUAUUUGGUAAAGGUCAUGGUAUCGAUACUACUCAAGUACAAAGUCAACAGAAUCGUCGUCCUCAAGACCAAAGCACGGCUGAAAACGAAUAG